AUGGUCUUGAUGAUCAUUAAAGGUAUAUUUAGGAGAUAUAAGAAAUGGAAUCCAGUUCAUCCUACUUAUGGAUCAUUUUGGGGAAUGGGGAUUGGGAUUGGCUGCGGCGUCGGCUGGGGACCUGGCUUCGGCCCUGAGGUCAUUGGCUAUGUCGGUGCAGGCUGCGGCGUUGGUUUCAAUGUUGGCAUAACACUUGCUGGUCUCGGCAUUGGUCUCCCGACUAACCUUCUUCUUGCUGCUCCUUAUAACACUGUGGAAGCAACAAGAAAGGGUGCUUUUAACUUGUUUGGUAAAAGUCUCUCGACAGAUGGUUGGAGCGGGUUUAUGCCUCAGAUUGUGGGGUUGCAGAGACAAGUCAGUGAGAUUUGCUCUAGUUUUAACAAGAAGCCUCUCUUAGAUAGUGCCAUUGACAUUAAAAGUUUGCCUUUGUUCAUUUCACAUGACUGUGGAAGAUUUGCGAGUCAUCUUCUCCAUGUCCGCAAAGGUGUGGAAGACAAGAAUCGUGGAGAUUUAUCACCACGAAGAUCUUAA